AUGUCUGGACAGGUCGAUAGAUCCAACACGUACAAAAAUGCGUGCUUUGCAUCUCAAAUUCACUUUUAUACUGGAAGCAGAAUGCUUGGAGAGCGCAAUAUUCUGCUGCUACUUUUUUGCUGUGUAUCUUAUACGGUGCUCUUUCCCCAGAGGAUUGAAGGUAACUUAUUGCACUUUAUUACGGCAGGUCAAAAUAUUCCACUCCGGCACCAGCUCACCGAUCAGCCCAGGAAAGAUGAUAAGACAAUUUUUAAUUAGCUCUCCUAUCCUAGGUCAUGACUUACUCGAUUUCUUUCAAGGCGAGUUGUGAAAAGGGAACGCGGUAUGAUUCUAACAAACUGAACCUAUUGUUGUUAUUUUAAAGCUUGAACUUUUCAAAGGACAAUAGAAAUUAAUUGGGCCUUUUUUCGAAAGAGAAACCAACAAACAGCAAGGAGUUUAGGGGGUGGGGCAUAUAUACGAAUCCUGGAUUUUAAUAAAGUUUGUCAAUUAUAGUUGCGACUCAUUAAAAACCACAUUUCGUUUAGAAAAUUUUUAUCUUUUAUCUAGUGACUACUCCUUUUUUCUUUAUAGCAGCUAGUUUUAAGGCCGGUAAAGUCAAUAUUGCUGCAGCGGGCGGAAGCUUGUUCGCUUGCAAGCAGAUCUCCUUCACUCAACCUUUCCAGGGUGGAAAAGAAGUGAAAGUCUUAGCCUCAUUUGGCCACGCAGCUAACAACUCAGCUCAUUCUAAUGGUGCUGCUAUUUGGGUGGAAUCGGAGGAUGCAAACCAAUUCCGCGCUUGCGUCUAUGAAUACAGCGACGGAUCAAACAAAACAGCGGAAUUUAAUUGGGUCGCCAUGCAAUCUGCACCAUCAGGGGCGCAGUUAGGAACAACCCUCUUGGACUCCUGGACUACUGGGACAGAAUGCAAAAGGAUCGACUUUCCCCAGGUUACCUUUUUGUUUUCGUUGUUGUUGUUUUUGUUUGUUUGUUUAAGACUACGAAAAAAAUAGUGACGAGAUAAAACCGAAUGCAACAAAUAACAUUAUUCGCCACAGCGACUGCGGACGUAAAAAUUAAAGUAUUAACUCUUUAAGCCCUAAGAGUGAUCAGCAUCAAUUUUCCUUGUAAUAUCAAUGCUUUGUAAAAACAGUGUGGUCAUGAGAUUGACGGACUUGAUCACCCAAUAUGAAUAUAACUGAUACUUCAACAAAUUCUCCCCACUACUUCUAUUGAAAACGUAUAGGGAUAACACACGAGAAUUUGAAUUUUGAUGUUAGCGUUUAAAGGGGCUAUGUCAGCUGGGGAGCAUGCGCUCUGAGGUUAUGCAAAUUACUUUCAACUGUCAAAAAUUCUAUUGUUUUUAACGCGUGACUUUCUCCAUGUGCGCUCUGAGGUUAUGCAAAUUACUUUCAACUGUCAAAAUUCUAUUGUUUUUAAUUAACGCGUGACUUUCUUCAUGUUCUCUGUCACGUCCAAGGUUCCGAAUUUAGAGAGGUUAACAAGCGAAAUGGGUUUGGAUAAGGGAUAUUUCGAUAGAAUUUAUGGAACGUUUCUUCUCUGGUUAUGCCAGAUCAAGAAUAAAAUUGUGACGACAAUUUUACUUGUAGUUUUGAAGUAAAAAACGCAUGCCAUUCAUAAAAUGAUAAAAUAGAGCGCAAACAAAAAUUCAACAACAACAUAUUGUCUUAUUCAACAAAAUAAAUGGAAGUUGUAUUUUACAAACGAGCUACUAAAGACGCUAGACCGAAGAUAAAGACCAAGACUGCUUCAAAUCAUUAACAAUUAGACUUGUCUGUCGCUACUGAUUUUAUAAUUUAGAUGCUGAUAGAACAAGAGACCAAGUCUUUGUUUUGAUCUUAGGGAAACAUACAUUAUCGCGCAAAAUUGUUCGAUCGUGCCGAAUCACUGCGACGUCGAGAAAAACAGAACCCAGCAUCAUUGGUAUACUACUCCACUAUAAGCAGUCCGUUGAUAAAAGGGAAAGUAAACUCUGCUAUUUUCCAAAAUUAUGCUCGAACACAAACAGUUCAAAAACAUGGCAUUUACAGGAUCUAACUCGUACUAAGGUGCCUCUCUAAGUCCGUUGAGAACAAUCUGGACGAGCAAACGGUCGUGUUUAUCUUUGCCGUGAAUCGAGAUAAAUACAAGAAGGAAUCUAGCCGAAUUUUAGAAUGUUUCCUUCGCCAGGAGUUUAGUUUCGUCACGAAACUCAUGGCCUGAUGCUCUUGUAAUCGUUUACAAAAAACGGCCGCCGCCAACUCGAUAGCCGCUUCAUUGUAUGUCCACAUACUUUGAGCACAAGAAAAAUCCAAGAGCCAGAAGCCUCUAAAAUAACUCAAUAGAAAGGUUCUGUGAACUAUAGGGAAGAUUCCAUCAAAGAUUCCAUCACUCAUUGUGGAGUAGCCGUCAUUAACUCUGCCAUUACAACGGCCGCUGAUAAGAGGACACAGUAAAUCCACGUAAAAACAUUCCACAGGCAAACAAUUUUAAAAUAACGCCAAAAAAAUUGUUCUGUAAUCACUAUAGAACGAUUCUUAAUACAAAACUUCGCUAACUAUCGAACGAUGGCUGAGAUUUAUACAGAUAAAAACAGCCUUACUCUACUGUAAGCCAGGAAAAUGGGCAGCUCCAGAUUUAUUUACCGAAGUGGAUUAAAUGGUUUCAUUUUAUUGCUUUUGACUGCGCGAUUUAUUAACCCCUUACACCCUAACAUCAAAAUUCAAAUUCUCAUUUGUUAUCCCUAUGCGUUUUCAAUUGAAGUAGUGGGGAGAAUUUGUUGAAGUAUCAGUUAUAUUCAUCUUGUGUGAUCAUGUCCUUAAUUCUCAUGACCACUCUGUUUUAUAAAGCAUUGAUAUUACAAGGAGAAAUUUGACGCUGAUCAUUCUUAGGGCUUAAAGGGUUAAUCUUGCUUGAGAUGUUUCGAUGUACAACAAUGUUAUUCUGCACGCAUGACGCCACGUUUAUAUAUGGGAUUCGGUCACCCCGGCCUCGGCCGUAUCGGGUAAAUUGGGACAGAUGUCAAUCCACAAAAUAUAUUUUGUUUCUAGUUGUUUUAUGACAUAUUUUAAAAGAACAUUUAUGAAUAUUAAGUUGACACUAGACACUGAGACCUUGAAAUCUUAGCCGGAUGAUUGAUGUUUGAAUAACCCUUUCAAGACUAAAGGCUGUUGAUAUACUGUCUUUUAUCAAUUAUACAAACUUCAGGAUUUUGGAAUUAGGAGGGUUAUUAAAUGUUGAUCGACAUUCCCGUUUUUUGUCAUGUUUUCAGUGUUCAAGAGAUAAAUGCAUAAAAAGUAAAACGUUCUUGACCAUUUUUUAACUCUAAGGAAUAUUGUCUUUUACUGAGUGCCCCUUGGCAAAUUUCGCUUAAAAUUAAUCUGGCAAUCCCUCCGGUCCAUAAACCAUUUUAAGGUCAACAUGAACACUAUUUCCAGAAAACAAAAUGUAAUUUCAUCUUCACAGUAUUUUAUUUUGUUUUGGAAUAGUGUCUACUUUUGACGCUUUUCUAACAUCGAAGAUGGUCAACUGAAGACGGCCAAAAGUUCAUGGAAGUAUUAUUUUAAACUUUUUCCGGUCACGUGAGCUAUAAGUGUACAUCAUGAUCAGUUCCCGUAUUAUUUACACCAAGUGACUUAAGAGGCUUCAAUUAAACUUCCACUUAAAUUUUAUCAAUACUUAUCCAUAAAAACAUAUUCCAAUGACCUAUCCCUUUGAUUUAAUUUACAAGCAAUCACUCAUAGUCAUUACUACUGGUCAUUCAUUCAUUCCUAUACGUAUAAUCUACUUAUUGUCAAUUAAAUAUAGUAACUGUAUCCUGUUGUCUUGCCAUGAGCGAAGAGUUCGUAUGCGCACAUACGCCUGUGCGUGUAGCUGAAAUCUGUUUUAGUACCUGAAAGCACUUUAUCCGAUAAAAUCGGGAUGACAGAUAUUUUUUUUUUGCAUUAUAUUGGAGUCCUGUUUUAGUAUUUCCUUCAUCCUUAUUGUUCUAUCAACGGCUCAUUGCAAGAAACCCUAUAGUGAGAGAUGAGUGACGGAGCUCUCUUGCAUUUCUGCAAAGUCAUAACAAGCACAAGGACGUUAAUUGCUAUUGAUAGCGUUGUAACAGAGUUUGCCCGUCUGAAGGGUAGACGCCAUCGCCCUCUGCUUGUAACCUCUUUGAUUACGUCACUGUUUUACUUUUCCCGUUAACACUGUACCUUAUUUUACCGAUAACAGCUAGAGAGGUGCAAAAAAAAAAAAGACGAACUACUGCAUUUUUCCUCCGUAUUUAUUUGCUGAAAUGUUCCGCGGAAAACGUAGGAAAUGGCGUUCCUGGGACCCUAAAUUAAAAAGUUUUCUGCAGGAGCAUGCCCCAGGCUCUCUUAGUUUGGAGCGCCUUCGGUACAUUAACUUACCUUCCCGCGUGCACACACACCUUCAAAUCUCACACCAUUCCAACUACCUCGUCAGCUCGCUACUAUUCCUAAUUUACACGUUUGUUCUGAUUUCUUCCUAGCGUUUCCAGUCCUCCAACUAUACUUGUGACUCCUAGUCACCAGGUUCCAGAGCGACCUCAGGAUGCCAUGGCCGUGUGGGUGGAGGACUUGACCCUAAAGCAGUUUUAA